AUGGAGCGCUUUGAGAUAUUGAAGGAUAUUGGGUCUGGGAAUUUUGGGGUUGCAAAACUGGUUAAGGACAAAUGGAGUGGGGAGCUCUAUGCUGUGAAGUUUAUUGAAAGAGGGCUGAAGAUUGAUGAGCAUGUACAGAGGGAGAUUAUGAACCACAGGUCCUUGAAGCAUCCCAAUAUAAUAAGAUUUAAAGAGGUCUUGUUAACACCAACCGACUUGGCCAUUGUCAUGGAAUAUGCAGCUGGAGGAGAACUUUUUGAAAGAAUAUGCACUGCUGGUAGAUUCAGUGAGGACGAGGCAAGGUAUUUCUUUCAACAGCUGAUUUCAGGAGUCAGUUAUUGCCACUCAAUGCAAAUUUGCCACAGAGAUCUUAAAUUGGAGAACACACUUCUAGAUGGAAGCUCAGCACCACGUCUCAAAAUUUGCGAUUUUGGUUAUUCCAAGUCAUCUGUGUUGCAUUCCCAACCCAAAUCAACUGUUGGAACACCGGCCUACAUUGCACCAGAGGUCCUGUCAAGAAAAGAGUAUGAUGGGAAGAUUGCGGAUGUUUGGUCAUGUGGGGUUACUUUGUAUGUGAUGCUUGUGGGUGCUUAUCCCUUUGAAGAUCCAGAAGAUCCAAGAAACUUCAGAAAAACACUCCAGCGGAUUCUUAGCGUCCACUACUCCAUUCCUGACUAUGUACGCGUUUCCAUGGAAUGUAGACAUCUCCUUUCUCGAAUUUUUGUUGCUAACCCCGAAAAGAGAAUAACCAUCCCAGAAAUAAAGCAGCACCCCUGGUUUCUGAAAAAUAUACCAGUAGAAUUCAUGGAAGAAAACAACCUGCAAAGCAGCAAUCAAAACCAUGAACAACAAUCAUCCCAGAGCAUUGAAGAGAUUUUAGCAAUAAUUCAAGAAGCUCGAAAAGCUGCAAACGGUGCCAAAAUUGGCGGGCUUUUACUGGGAAGUAUGGAUCUUGAUGAGAUAGAUGAUGCUGACAUAGAUGACAUAGAGACAAGUGGUGAUUUUGUUUGCGCAUUAUGA